CUCUCCCUCUCUCUUACCUCUCUCAAUCUUCUGUGUUCCCCGUCCCGCAGUCUGCCGGCUGGAAUUACACCUCUCUUCAACUCCACGCUCCGCUGUCUUUUUCAGCUCGUCUCUCACCCAGUGACAGGACCGUCCGGCUGGGAAGCCUCAUUAGGUGGGCUGGUCUGGGAGUCUCCUCAGCAGUCAUGGGGAGGUCAGGAGCACUCUGGGUUUAUCCACUGGGGACGAGUGUUCAGCUGUUCCUUCUCCUCGGCCUCAGCGUCUCCAGCAUUCAUGCUCUUUCUUCUCCACAGCCGCGAGUCUUCCUGCCAUUUCAAGAACUGCAGAAAACCCAGUCCUUUGAGCACUACUCUCUAUCUGAGAAGGCCAUGGACUACAGAAUCCUUUUCACGGAUGAGGAUCAAGAUCGCAUGUACGUGGGCUGCAAAGACCACAUACUCUCGAUGGACAUCAACAACAUCAGCCAGGCCACACUGAAGAUCUUCUGGCCGGCGUCCAUCAGUAAGGUCGAGGAGUGUCAGAUGGCUGGCAAAGACCCGACACAUGGAUGUGGGAAUUUCUUAAGAGUGAUCCAGCCUUAUAACAGGACUCAUCUGUUCAUCUGCGGCAGUGGAGCCUACAGCCCAGUGUGUGCAUAUGUUAACCGUGGCAGACGUCCUGAGGAGCAAGUGUUCCAGAUCUCUUCGCGAGCAGAAUCAGGGAAAGGGCGCUGCUCCUUCAACCCACAAGUCAACACUGUCUCGGUCAUGCUCAAUCAGGAGUUGUUUUCUGGCAUGUACAUUGACUUCAUGGGGACAGACGCGGCUAUCUUCAGAAGCCUGACCACAAGAAACCCUGUGCGGACGGACCAACAUAACUCCAAAUGGCUGAGCGAGCCACUGUUCAUUGACGCCCAAUUGAUCCCUGAUGGAUCAGACCCCAACGAUGCUAAACUGUACUUUUUCCUGCGGGAGCGACUCACAGACACCAGUGGAAACACGAAAAACAUUCAUGCCAUGGUGGCUCGAGUGUGCCCUAAUGACACUGGUGGUCAACGUAGUCUGGUGAACAAGUGGACCACAUUUCUUAAGGCUCGAAUGGUGUGUUCAGUUCUAGAGGAGGACGGGACUGAGACACACUUUGAUGAGCUUGAAAAUGUGUUUUUAUUGGAGACGGACCACCCAAAGGGCCUCCUCAUCUUUGGAGUCUUCACCUCCACAAGCUCUGUGUUCAGAGGCUCUGCUGUCUGUGUGUACAACAUGGCCGACAUCCUGACAGUCUUCAACGGGCCGUUUGCACACAGGGAAGGGCCCAACUUCCAGUGGGUGGCUUUCCAGGGCCGCAUCCCAUACCCACGACCGGGAACUUGUCCCGGUGGUGCGUUCACCCCUCACAUCCAGAGCACUAAAGAGUUUCCAGAUGAUGUGGUGACGUUUGUGAGGAAUCACCCUGUCAUGUUUAACCCCAUCUACCCUGUGGGAAGGAAACCCCUGGUGGUGCGAACGCAUGCCGACUACAAAUACACCUCUAUAGCGGUGGAUCAGGUCCCAGCAGCAGACGGCCACUACCAGGUCCUGUUCCUGGGCACAGAUAAAGGCACGGUGCAGAAGGUCGUGGUUUUGCCGUCAAACGGCUCACUGGAUGAGGAUCUAAUCCUGGAGGAGCUGGAAGUGUUUAAGACACAGUCUCCCAUUACCAACCUAAGAAUCUCCUCUAAAAAGCAACAGCUGUAUGUUAGCUCUGAGCAUGGGAUCUCCCAGGUGUCUUUACACCGCUGCAAUGCAUACGGCUCUGCCUGUGCGGACUGCUGUUUAGCACGGGACCCUUACUGCGCCUGGGAUGGUCUCAGCUGUUCCCGAUUCUAUCCCACUGGCAAAAGGAGAAGCAGAAGGCAGGAUAUUAUGCAUGGAAAUCCACUGACUCAGUGCAGAGGGUUCAAUCUGAAAGCCUACAGGAACGCAGUGGAGAUGACUCAGUAUGGAGUCAAAAACAACACCACCUUCCUGGAGUGUCAGCCGAAAUCUCCCCAGGCCUCGGUUAAAUGGCUCAUUCAGAGAGACAACGAUCGCAGGAAAGAGGUGAAGCUGAGUGAUCGUGUAGUGUCCACCAAUCACGGUUUGCUCAUCCGCUCCGUUCAUUCCUCAGACCAGGGUCUCUACUACUGUCUGGCCACAGAGAACGGCUUCAAGCGCACACUGGCAAAGAUCCGUCUACAGGUGCUGAGCGAGGCUCUAGUCAGCGCCCUCAGCAAUAAACAACAGUCUCCCUGGGGCUGGACAGCCAAUCUGCACCCCAAAGCCCUGGUGUCGGCCUUCAGUCCAGCUGAGACGCUCGCCAUGCAUCAAUACUGCAAAGAACGCAAGCAGAUGCAGAGUUUGCAGAGCAUACAGAGCCCCAUGAGAGGAGAUCUGGGAAAACUCAAACCCCUGCUGGACCACAGGAAGAGCAGGAACCGCCGAAAUCACUUACAGCAGGACUAAAAGUGGAUGGAGAGAUGAUGGAGGAAUAAAGACAUGUUUUAGGAAAGAACUCGAGAGGGAAAUAAAGGAGAAGUCUCCUUUGCUAUAAACUGGCUUUUUUGUCUUCUUCAAGCUCAAAGCAUCUCAGGUGCUUCCUGUAGAACAGUCUUAUAUAGAGGAGGAAGAGAGACUCAAACACACAUACAGGCACUCAGUUUGUGUUUUGCUUUAAUGUAUGUGGAUGCAACAUUUCAGAACAAACAAAGUAAUGCAAGUCCGUGGAAAGUCCGGUGAAAUUAUUUGACGAGCACGGUUUUCUUUCCCGUGUUGAUGCAUUUCAUAUUUAAACAGAAAGUUGGACACUUUGAAAGACUUGUCUUUAAUUUUAGCCAAUAACCUGAUUAAAUGUUUAUGUAAUACUUUCUAAUACUUGUCAAGUAUUAACAAAAAGGACAGUCUCAUUCUGGAGAGCAUCUGAUUGGACAAAAAUUUGGAUAUGCCCCUAAGUGCAAAAUCAGUCAUCUUUUUUUUUUUCAUCGUCUUUUUUUUUUUUUUUUUGGAGAGAAAGAGAUUUUAAAAUGUUUAUAUAAUUUUUAUUUUUGUUGUCAUGAUUUAGGAGUAACAUGAUUUCUAAUACAAGGUAAAUAGGACAGAUCAUCUGAUUGGACAAAAAUGUGUAUACGCCCUCAAGUUUUUUUCAGGGAGAGAUAUACAAUUUUAAAUGUAUCUAGUAAAGGUUUAUUUUGUCAACUUAGAGGAGUAAACAUGCUUUAGCUUCACAGUUAACAGAUAGAGAUUAAGGGUGUUCUCGUACUUGGCUAUCCGAAAAGGGCCAGGCACACAUGACCCCUAUUUCCCGGUUUGUGUGACAAGUGUUAGUGCUCUGAAUCGGGCCCAGGCAUGGUUCAGUUGGCCGGCCCUGUCUCGGUUGGAAGAGGUGUGCCAGAGCGCAGUUUGGUUGGGCUUUAACAAGGUACGCUUGUAAUCUGAGUGCAAAUCACGCCUGAGCACAAAACUAAAGAUGCAACGUCACGUUUAAUAGACUGUUUCAUCUAAAUUUAUUAAUCAGUCUUUUCAAUGAACGUGAAACGUCAUGGUUUAUUAAACAUAAACCCCAACAGCUGCCACCUUCAGCAAACCUGCAGCACAAUGACUUACAUGAACAUUUAUGAGUGUCAAAAGUAGAGGAUCUGUUCAGCAGGAGAUUUGAUUGUGUAUCACUUCAUUUCAAACUACUUAAAAUAAAAUAAAACAACUGAAGCAAUCUUCACUGUACUGAGCAAGAGUGCUACUCAUUUGUUAAACUAUACAAUUGCAUUAUCGAUGACGCAAUCAUGCUCAAACUUAGAAAGUAAAAUAACAGUAUGAGUGCAGGCAGAGGGGGAGAGGGGGACAAUUGCACCUGAGCAUGGUUCAAAACAACCGUGUCUAGUGUGAGUACACUCUAAAACCCUCAACAUAUCGGUUUUGGUUUCUAAUUCAUACAUAAUAAUUGCAUAAAAUUAGAAUCAUCAGCAUAUUAUGCUUUUGGCCUUACAUUUACAUAUACUUUGUUACUAUACAUACACUAUGUGCACUAUACUAGCAGUGUUUUGAGGUCUUUUAAACUCAUUUUUAAAAAUAAUUUUAUAAGAAUAUCACAGUAUUGAUUUUGUUUUAGGUACACAAAUAUUGUGAACAAACACUGACUAAAAGCUACACAUUGUUGUAAUCACAAGUGUUGUAGACAUAUUUUUUUAGCAACCCAAGCUUGGUCCAAGCAAAAGUCAUGUUUACGGCAACAAAUCUGGAUAAUACUUGGGUAGUUUAGGUACCAAAACUCACUAUUAACUAGUUGGUUUAUAACAUGCACAUUAUUGAGUAAUUGGCUGCUUAUUAGUACUUAAAAACAACUAAACACAACUACAAUAACUAAUAUAAGAUACAAAUUCUACGUUUUUUGAGCUAAAAGUCAUCGUUAAUGGUUUGUUAACAGUGAAAAAUAAAGUGUGACCCAAAUUUGACUUUUUGUUUUUAAAUUUCCUUUGAAUAUAGUAAACUUCUAUUUUACUACCUACGACUACCUACAUAAGCUUCAAAAUGGCAUGAAAAAUAAACAGUUUAUCUUUGGCCUCCCCACAUGAGAAUGAUAACUUUAUUAAUAAUUUUGCAAACUUGAGCUCAUAUCAUGUAGAGCAAAAGCUUGUUUUUCGAGCAAAUUCAUUAUUUAUGGUCACAGAAUGGGAAUAUUUCUUGGAAACGUAGACCAAAGUACAUCAGGCCAGCUGCACCACAGAUGUUUAUUCGGGAAAAGAAAGGGAGAGUAAAUUCUUUGGAGAUAUUUCAAACUGUACCAGACAGGUGCCCAUAAAACUGUACUGUUGUGUAGUUUUCCCAGUAUUUUGCCUCAGAAAACCUUGUUAGUUCAAAAUGUGUAGCUGUUUAUGGAUAGUUCACCCACACAAAUGACAGUUUGUCAUCAUUUACUCACCCUCAUGACCUUUCAAACCCGUAGAACUUGCACCGUACAUGUUCUGUCCUUUAUAUUCUUGAACAUUCUUCAAAAUAUCUCCUUUUGGGUUUCCUGAAAGAAAAGAAUGACAUGAGGUAAAAAGUUAAAAUGUUCUUGCUAUUGGUAUAAAAUGUGAGAGUAUGUGCACGUUUUCCUCUUAUUAAAAUGGUAUGCUGAACCAGAAUAAAGAUUAUUUGUAAAGUACUUAAGCCCCAGCAGUGCCAUAGUGUUUGGAUCUCUUAAGAAUAGGCUCAUGGAGGCUUGUGAUCAUGCAUAUUGUUUAAUUGUUAUUCCUGCACAUGUUUGACGAUGAUGGGAAUGAAUGUCUUGUUAAUGUAUUCUGGUUUGUGCACAUUUGUAAUGUGAUUGUGACGUAUUUUAGAUGAUGUAUAGCAUUGUACAGCUUUCAGUUUGGGAUUACUCUGUCUGUGUAACUUAUGUUUUUGUUUUCUUGUAUUUUAAUAAUUUAAAUAGUUUAAAAGCUCUAAAAAACAAAAGAGAAGUUCAGUCACUCUUCAGUUUUGCAAUAGUUUUCUUUAUAUGGAUUUUUUUAUAUGGAUUUUAAUCACAUACAGAUUGUUUUUUCCCACCUGACACGUCUGAAUUUAAUUUAAUGCCAAAAUUUUCGACCGAAUCUGCAUUUUGCAAAAGUAUUUUUUUCUGUGGCAUUUUGUGUGCUCUCCAAAGGGCAUUUUGAGUAACAAUAAUGUUUUAACAAUAUUCUAUAGCAAAUAUGCUGUAUUCCCUGUAAAUGUUAAUGAUAAUUUUAUUUUAUUAAAUGUCUUGAUUUGUGUAUACCUAUUUAUUAAUGAUAUAAGCCUGAACAACUGCAUUAAAACAACUUCAAACUUU